AUGCUCCCCUUGCAUACCCGCGUCCUGGGGAUCACCCUCGUGCUGUUAGGAGCUCUUUCCCCGGCAACAGCUACGAGAGAUGACCUCAAAUACGUCAAUCCGCUGAUCGGGUCGACAAAUGGCGGCAAUGUUUUCGCGGGCGCAAGUCUGCCUUAUGGCCUUGCCAAACCUGUCGCUGACGUCGAUGGCGAGAAUACAGGCGGCUUCUCUACUGAUGGGAGCAAUGUAACUGGCUUUUCACACAUGCAUGAUAGCGGUACCGGUGGAAAUCCGUCAAUGGGACAGUUUCCGCUGUUUCCGCAGUACUGCGCUGACAACGAUAUCAACAAUUGCAAGUUUCCGAAGGCUGCGCGUGCUGUGCAUUAUAAGAAUGACUCGGUCGAGGCCCGGCCGGGGUACUUUGCACUGACGCUCGAAAAUGGCAUCCGCGCGGAAAUGACAUCUGCGCGGCGAGCUGCUCUGUAUCGGUUCACGUUUCCUGAAGAGAAGACUGAGAAUGGCACGGCGCUGGAUCCGACUAUCUUGCUUGAUCUGACGGAUAUUUACGAUACCCGACAGAAUGCAUCUAUCAGCAUCAAUAGAGAGUCAAGCCGUGUCAAGGGCAACGGUACUUUUCUACCGAGCUUUGGCGCAGGGAGUUAUAAGGCCUAUUUCUGCGCUGAUUUCUCGGGCGCGACGGUUCGUGAUAGUGGGAUCUGGGUCAAUGAUCGCGCCGGGUCUGAGCCAAAAGAGAUAUUCGUUACUAGAGGGUUUAACAACUUCUAUCUUCAAGCCGGAGGAUUUGUCACCUUUAAUCGGCCAGAAAACGGGGCCGUCACAGCACGGGUGGGCGUUAGUUAUAUCAGCUCCGACCAGGCGUGCUCAAAUGCAGAGGAGAUUUCAGAUCCGUUAAAUGACUUUGACGCAUUGCGAAGUACAGCUGAGACCGCCUGGCGCGACAAACUUAGCCCAAUCAAAGUCACACCAGGCGGAGUAAGCGACGAUAUUCUCCGCAGUUUUUGGACUGGUAUCUACCACACCAUGCUCUCACCGCAGGAUCUCACGGGGGAGAACCCCCUAUGGUCCAGCGAUGAGCCGUAUUUCGACUCAUUCUACUGUAUUUGGGAUGCCUUCCGCGCUCAGCAUCCGUUCCUCACCAUUCUGGAUCCCCGCGCACAGUCAAAGAUGGUUCGCAGUCUGAUUGAUACGUAUAAGCACGAAGGGUGGUUGCCAGACUGUCGCAUGAGCCUAUGCAAGGGCUGGACUCAGGGUGGCUCUAAUGCGGAUGUUGUCCUUGCGGAUGCAUAUGUGAAGAACUUGACUGGUAUUGACUGGGAGCUGGCCUACAAGGCACUGGUGAACGACGCAGAGAACGAGCCCCUAGAGUGGUCCUACGAAGGCCGCGGGGGUCUUCAGAGCUGGAAGAGGUUGCACUACAUCCCGUACCUCGACUUCGAUUAUCUAGGAUUCGGCACCAACUCUCGCAGUAUUUCGCGGACGGUAGAAUAUGCCUAUAAUGAUCAUUCCGUGGCAGUCGUGGGCAAAGGCCUGGGCAAGAAAGACUAUACGACCUAUCUUUCUCGAGCCAACAACUGGAAGAAUCUUUUUAAGCGUGAUCAAAAGUCAAUCCUGACGAAUGGCACCGAUACGGGAUUCACUGGUUUCUUCCAGCCCAAGUAUCUUAAUGGCACAUGGGGCUACCAGGACCCUAUUGCUUGCAGCCCUCUGACAGAUUUCUGCUCAUUGACCUCUAAUCCAUCAGAGACCUUUGAAUCCAGUGUCUGGGAGUAUCUCUUCUACGUUCCACAUGAUAUGGCAGCCUUGAUCAAGUUUCUUGGUGGCGCCGACUCAUUCGUGUCCCGCUUGGACUAUUUCCACGAAUCCGGUCUUGCCGACAUCAGCAACGAGCCUGUUUUCCUGACCGUUUAUGAGUAUCAUUAUGCCGGUCGGCCUGCGCUGUCUGCUCGCCGAGCUCACAGCUAUAUCCCUUCGAAAUUCAACUCCACCAACGACGGACUCCCUGGAAAUGAUGACUCCGGUGCCAUGGGCUCUUUUCUCGCCUGGAGUAUGAUGGGUCUGUUCCCCAACGCAGGACAAAACGUCUAUCUCAUCGCCCCUCCUUUCUUUCAGUCCGUCGAGUACACCCAUCCCGAGACCAACCAGACGGCAACGAUUCGGAAUGUCAAUUUUGACUCCUCGUACAAGAAUAUCUAUAUCCAGAGCGCAAAGUUAAAUGGCAAGCCCUACAAUAAGAACUGGAUCGGCCAUGAGUUUUUCACCCAAGGUUGGACGCUUGAAUUGACAUUAGGGGACAAGGAGAGUGAUUGGGGUACCAAGAAAGAAGAUUUACCCCCUAGCAUGAGCGAUUCACUAGCCUCCGUCGAGGCACUGCAUGCAUGA